GGAGGUGCUCGCGGAGCCGGCUGCAGAUGUCGGAGCGGCAGGCGGCCGGGGGGCCGGCGGGCCGCGGCGGGGACGGCCCGGGAGUGGAGGGGAGCCAAGCGGCCGCCUCAGAGAAUGAAGAUCUAGAAAACACCAAGGUCACCUCAGUGGCUUCGGCCUCUGAUCCAGAACCCCAUUCCUCACCUUACAGGCCACAGAUGGUGUCUCCAGCGAGCGACGAUGCCCCAGAGGGUCUGCGGAAGACAGCUGGCACCUUGGAGGUGCAGGCCUCUGUGGAACAGGAAGUGCUCCCUGCAGACCAGGCCCAGGUCCUCAACAAGAUGGCCAAGUACCAAGUUCCACAAAGGUCCGGGGACAUCGUUAUGAUCCAGUCUGAGCACACAGGAGCUAUAGAUAUCCUUUCAGCUGAUUUGGAAUCUGCAGAUCUCCUGGGGGAUCAUAGGAAAGUGUCCCCCCCUCUGAUGGCUCCUCCAUGCAUCUGGACCUUUGCCAAGAUGAAGGAAUUCAAAAGCAAGCUGGGCAAAGAGAAGAACAGUCGUCUGGUGGUGAAGCGGGGUGAGGUGGUGACCAUCCGGGUACCUACCCAUCCAGAGGGGAAGCGCGUUUGCUGGGAGUUUGCAACCGAUGACUAUGACAUUGGCUUUGGAGUUUAUUUUGACUGGACCCCUGUAACCAGCACUGACAUAACUGUGCAGGUCAGUGAUUCCAGUGAGGAUGAGGAUGAAGACGAGGAGGAGGAGGAAGAGAUUGAAGACCCUGUCCCAGUUGGCGAUGUAGAGAGAGGCUCCAGGAGCUCCCUUCGAGGUCGCUAUGGGGAGGUCAUGCCUGUGUACCGGCGGGACAGCCACCGAGACGUGCAGGCUGGCAGCCACGACUACCCCGGCGAGGGCAUCUACCUGCUCAAGUUUGACAACUCCUACUCCCUGCUCCGCAACAAGACUCUCUACUUCCACGUCUACUACACGAGCUGAGGGCCCGCGGGGACAGGAGGCAGGCGGAUGUUCGCUGGCUGGAGCGGGCUGCCAGCUGGUGCCUCUUGUUUCGGAUAGGCAAGAGCUAAAAGUCGAGCGUGAGGUGCCUGACCCUCACGUCCUGCCUGGCAUGCCUGACUGUUGACCCCACGUAGCUUUUCCCCCUCCUUGGCUUCUGCAGGUGGUGGUACAGUGCUCCUGUUCUGUGCUCCUUGACUCACGCUCCUCUUGCUUCAGUCUCCAGCAGAAGUCCCUCUGGGAAGGAACCUGUUAGGCAAGAGCCUAAAGGGAGGUUGGUUGGUGUUGUCUUUUAAAUGAGGUCUGUUUUGGUCCAAGGUAUUAGUCCAGUUGUUGCUCUCUCCUCUCCUAGAGCCUUUCCUGCAGAUCCGUUUAGUGGCGCUCACUGUUCACCUGUUGGAAGUGCUGGAGGAGGAAAAGCGCAUUGUGAAGGAGCCUCCUUGGAUGGAGUGAGCUCUGUCCAGCCUCUCACCACUGCCAUCUUCCCACCUGCUGGUUCUCCGUGGUCUGUAGCACAGGCCGGGAGCCCUCACUGCCUUUGGAGGGGGGUCAGUGGUCCCGACUGUCCGACUCUGCCUCUUGCCCUCCACUUGCCUUUCCCCACGUCUGUGUUCCGUGCCCUUACAGCAAGAACGUCCAUGCCAUCUAAAGUGGUGAGCACGUAGUUUAACACCUGGGGCGGGGAUAACCGCCUCCAUCACUUCCUGCUUCAAGAGUUUGCAACCCGUAGCCUGGGUGCUGGCUGUUGGAGGGGAAAAGUUGGGAAGUAGGUACGGGAUUGAUCUCAGAAUCCACAUCUUUGAAAGUCAAGUGUUACUGUAUUACUUUUUUUAAAAAAAUCAAAGAAGAAGGUAUAAUCUGAGAGAGAAGGUUAAAAAAAUAACAACACUUCCGAUUCCCCACCAUGCUUUUUUAUCUUUACGGUAGGAGUGUUAUUUAGAAAUUUUGCUCUAGAACCCAUCGAAUUUCCAGAGUUUCUGGAUUUAGGUUUCUUGCUUUGAGGGCUUUAAACUUUUGGAGUUCAAAGUCUCUUAGAAAGGUUGAUGAAGCUUCACUGUUGCUGCUGAUUGGAGUUGUUCUUUACUAGGCCAAAGCUGGCUUCUCCCCAACGACUGCCUUUCCCACUGUAUUAGCCCCGAGGCCUGGAGUGCCCAGGGUCGGGGAGGCUGUCAUCGGUGGUCGUAGCAGGAGCAGCAGGGCAGGGCCUCGGGCAGAGAAGGGACCACUGUGGUUGUCUGUGCCUCCUUGUUUCUUAUUCCUUGUGUCGAGUCUGUUACUGCCCUAGAAUUUUGAGGAAUAAUUCGACUUAUUUAUUACUUUAUUUAUUUUUGUAGCACAUUUCAUUUUGCCAUUGAAACAGUUUCCCUCUGUUUCUUAGAAGACUUCUGUCUCCUUUGAGCCACGGAGGCCACCUCUUCUGUGGAGUCAGAUGACGAUUUUAGGAAGAGUUGGGAGAUGACCAUGUUCCCUUCCUACAGGUCAGUCCCGGGAUGCUUUGGGAGGACUCUGCCCUUCCGAGAUAGAUGAUGCCGUCUUACCUCAGCACUCCCUGUGAUGAGUUCUAGGUUGUGAGGGACCUGGUCCAUUCGCCCAGGAUGGAACACAGAGGAAUUGACCUGCCUGUGAGGGACAUGGUAUGGUUCUGGGAUUUCACAGUCCGACUUUGAGGAGCCAUCCUCAUGACGGUUCCUUUGGCUCGUUCCGUCCUUGUGCAGGUGUCUCACGCCAAGACUCUCUCCGCUCCAGGGUCAGGGACUCGAAGACCAGGGCCCCUCCCAGUAGUUCUGUAGCAGCAUCUGGGUCCUGGAGCAAAGGGCCAGACGGCCUGCACUUUCUCCGUUCCCUGGGGAGCAAAGCCCCAAGCAGGACAGGAUGCUGUGGACUGAGCAGCACCUUACCUCCAUUAUUUUAUAUUUCAGUGCAUUUUGUAGAAGAUGACACUGGCCAGAAUGCAUCUACCUUGUAAGAAACUAGAAAUUAUUCUAGUGACUGUUUGGCCGUGCGAAGCAGACUCUCUGUACAUCACAUCAUCAUGAGAUAGGCCGAGGGAGCACUCUUCUGGCACCGGAGUUGAAUCACGCCUUAGCUAAGUGAGGAUAAUCCCUAUAAAAGAUUUCUACUGAGUGGUUCUCCUUUCAGCUCAAGCCUUGCUUCUUGUUCCUGUUUAUUAUUAACUUCUGGCUUUCUCUUAAAAGGGAGCUGUCAGGCCGUAGCAAGCUCUCUGGGACUACACUGUCUGUUUAUUUUUGCCGUGAGCUGCUCUGUGCUUAUUUUCUUUGGCAUCCUAGUUCUGGUGCAUCAGGGAAGCCCAAGGGGCCUGUUCCCGUCACCUCUGUGUGCCUCUUGUCUGGGCACUUUUGAAGUCCUGGACAUGGUUCCAUUUCUUCCUUGCGCUGGCGUGUCUUUGUCCCAUUAGCGCAAAAUGGCUAACAGAAGAUAUUUUCACUAUCUGAUUCAUUCCUCUUUUCCUAUUCAAUUUCUGAAAUCACACUUUCGGGACCAAAUAUUUACUUGCGGAAGCACACGGAAUUAGUGAGAAUUUUUCAGCCCAGCAAAUCCUCAGAGGUCGUCCUUUCCUUAAUCUCUCCCUUUCCAAGUUUAGAGAACCAGACAGUGAAAUCAGAGUCAUCUGUCUCAUCCUGUUCUCCAGAGCACAAAUAAAUACUAACAGUCGGAAGAGAGCGCUUUGUCGUGGGAGCGAGAUUGAAAUUCUCUACACAGAGCGGCUGGCUUCUUAAAUUUCUUCAGUUUGUUUAGCUUUGCCCUCUGUUAAGGCUUUUAUAAAGGAAGGCCUGUUUAAAGUGUUAAUUUUUUCUAACGUUUUAUCACGGAAUGUGUUCUGCAGACAGAGAACUUAAAAGCAGCAGAUUGUAAACACCCUUAGGUAUACCCACCAUAGAGGUUUUAAAAUUAUAAACUGCUAAUUGAAACAAAGACGAUUUCCUCAUUCUUUUCCUUUUGACAAGCGUCCGAUUAGGGAGUUCCCUGCACGGACUUCAGCUCUCCUGUGUCAGAGGGCCCCUGGCUUUUUAGCAGAUUUGUUUCCUCCAGCAUGAGUUACUUGGGAGGUGGUCCUCCUUCAUAAAAAAAAAAAAAAAAAAAAAAAGUUAUUGAUCUCCAUCUUUGAAAAACUCAUGCUGUAAUUUCCUAUCCCUCAGGCCAGAGCUGCACUCUUUCCUUCUUUAACUGACCAGGUUGAGGGAGGGGAACUGUGAGACUGUUCUGGAAGGACUUCAAUCUGUUGCUUUACAACAGGUCCUCAGGUCUCCAAAGUUAAAACUUGAUCCUCAGACAAUGAAAAGCUUUAUAAUGGAAGCAGGUAACAACUUCAAAUGAGGCCAUUCCUCUUUUCUUUUUAAAUAAUUCAUGCACUUAAAGAUUUUUUUUUAUUAUUUAAGAAAGGAAAUGUCAGACUUUUUAAAAGUUUAUAUUGCCCCUCAUUAUGUGUAUAUGAAAGAGUUAAUUCUGAGAAUUCUCUGUCUUAUAUUAACCAGUGGGAUUAGAUAUUACUGUUACAGAAAAUAUCUGAGUUUAGAUACUUCUGGUGAACCCUACCCUCUUUGAAAGAAUUGGGCAAAACCCAAGUCCUAAAGUCUGUACCUUUAUAUUUUAUUUUUUAAGACCACUUUUCUGCGGAAAGUUGCAUUUUAACCCCAAAGUCUGUAAUUCUGAGGUACGGAGUUGAGUGACUCUACCAUUUACAUUAAAGGAGUAUUUUAGUGGAGGGUGAGCAAGGGGCAGGAGUGAAAUAGUUUCGGGCAGUUUGAGGCCUGCCUUUUAAAAUUGAUAGUAGGAAAAAAAAAAAAA